AUGAAGGUCACGAUCAAACAGUGGAACGCCGUCGCCGCCUGGCGCUGGGACAUGCCCGAGGACGACAUGUGCGGCAUCUGUCGAAAUCCCUACGACAGCACGUGCACCGCCUGCAAGUUCCCUGGCGACGAGUGUCCGUUGCUCAUGGGCGAGUGCAACCAUUCCUUCCACAUGCACUGCAUCGUCAAAUGGAUCCGACAAGAGUCUUCCCAAGACAAGUGUCCUAUGUGCCGACAAGUGUUCAAGGCGAAGGAUGCUGUCGGGCACGCCGGAUAA